UUUGUUCUUUUCUGUGCAGUGCAUGCGUAAAGUAAGCAUGCGUUCAAAUUGUUGGAGAUCCAAAACAAUCCACCUGUUAAACAUUAGUGAGUUGAUCAAAAUCAACAACUCACAAUUUAAUGCAGAUUGACAGCUGACCUAACUCUGUCAGAAUCAUAUCUGAACAUGGUCAAUUUGUUGUUAAACUGCAGAAAAGAAAAUUAUGGCACAGAGAGAGGCUCACAACUGCUUGUUGCAAUGACGAAAUACUCACUUUUCUUCAUCUUUGUUUUUAAAUUUUUAUGUGUUUCCAAAUAAAAACCUGUAUUUUCAAAUUUCAUCUACAAUUUUAAAACCUGCAUUUUAUUGCGUUACUACUGAUUAUCUGAAGUUAGAUUGGGCAUGACUGAACUACUUUUUUAUUGGAAGCUCUCUUUUCAUCCACAAGAAUGUCAAGAAGGUGAUGAGCAACCACAACAAAGCUACCUUUUCGUUUGUGCUCCACCUUUUUGCUCUCUGUAUAAAAUACUACGAUCACACUCUUUCUGGAGAACCAAGUAUCACGACAAGGCUUAAGACAAGGUCUAAAUGAUCAUGGCAAAGGAACAACACAAGAGCAACGUGUCCAAGACUUGCGUUCUGAAGGUUAUCAUGCACUGCCAGUGCAAUGGUUGCAUUAAGAAGAUUAACGACGGGGUGAAAGAGAUCGCCCUUUCAGAAGGGGUGGAGAGGGCUGAUCUGGUGGUGGAGACAGCAGAGGUGAUAGUGGUCGGGAGAAUGGACCCAGAGAAGCUCUGCUGUUUGCUGCAUGAACUAACACAGAAGCAUGUGAAGAUAGAAACCGAAAGAACCGUGUCCGAAGGAGAAACUGCGGCUUCUUGGGAAACCAAGAACCGCGUUGGCCAGGUUACUUCCGGCUUGUUCGCUUCGGACUUACCAGAGGAAAGCCCAGUAACACCUACUACGCCAAGCGCACCACCAAUUCCCGAGGCGUGGAGGAGCCUGACCGUGCCUUCCCAGAGAUGCGCUUACCGUUGGUCGCUACCUUUGCCGGGCGCACUCGGCGUGUGGGCCGCAUCUGACAUCGAGGGGACAAUGGCGGUGUACGAGCUCUGAAGGCUUAUUCAACAGCACGGCCAGCAAAAGCUGCUGCACUCCGUCGUCACCUUCGCUUUGUGCUAGCUGAUUUUUUUUGCCGUGCAAGCAUUUUCUGCCAAGAGCUUUAACCGACGUGUUAUUUGUUUCUAUCCGUGACCUAAUGGCACGGGCAUGCUCUCUUUUGCUUCGUUGUGCAUUCGUGAUGUUGUGCAGUAGUAGAUAGGAAUUCAGGGGAGAAGUGUAGGAAGUGGGCAUGGAAUCCCAAGCCCUUCGUGUCAAUGGGCUGGCUGGAGUGAGUGGGGAGUCUUUGCUGCUGCUCUGUUUUAUUGCUGCGAUGAGUUCCAAAAAAAGGUUGGAGAUCCAAAAAAAUGCACCUGUCAAACUUAAGUGAGUUGGUCAAAACCAACAACCCACAGUUUAAUGCAGAUUGACAGCUGACCUAACUCUGUCGGAAUUAUAUCUGAA